GUGUGUGUGUGUGUACCUUAGUUCGACAUAGAACAGACGUCCACCUGCGUUUCUGUUUCUAAACAUCAAACAUUCAAACUCUUUUAUCCCUCAUCAGUACUGUUUGUUCUGCGGAGGAAAUCUGAUCAGCUGAUUGUUGACUCUCUCCUCCCCCCUCCCCUUUUCCUCCACUUCCUUCCCUAAUCCCCCCCCCCCCCCCCCUCUUGCCCCUCGUCCCCCUCUUGCCCCUCUCCUCUGGACCUCCAGACAGUCUCACUGAGGAGCUCAAAGGGAACACAUCUUCAACAGAGAACAGUAUUAUAGACAACAGGAGCAGAUCACGGUCUAACGGGGCUUGGUUGCUGUGGCGAUGGUGAGCGCCGUGCUGAGGAUGAUGGGAAGUGUUUCAGUGUCAACUCUGACUCGUCCAAAACUGACCCUGAAACAGACGAAGAACACGAUUUACAGCAAACCCCCCAAGAACAGGAUCGGAGCCAAGCAAAGUUUCUUCGUCAUGGCAGUGUUUGCGGUGGCCAUGUUGACUCCAGCUGCGUGGAUCCUUCAUCACCUGCCAGAGUACCGCAAGAAGUCACGCCUUCGUCUAAAACCCCCCACGCCUUCAUCCUCAUCAUCAUCACCCUCAGUAUAAACAGCUGGAGGAGGGAUCCAGCAUUAAUACGUUUAUCUUUGAUCAGUAAUAAAUUACAUUUAAAGUUUGA